CAUAAAGCGUUUGAAUGCUGAAGCAAUCGGUUUGUUUCACUUCAUAAUAAUAUAGUCGUCAAGAAUUUAAUAAAUAAAAACAAAUAAAUACGCGACUUUGAAAAGAAAGCAAAAGUAUUUUUGCAAUAUUUUUUGUUUUACAUACGUUUAAGUGCAAAAUAUAUUCGGAAUCUUUGUCUAGCUUCAAUACUUGCAAUUUUCAACUCAAUUAUAAAUUGAUUUUAAAAUUCUUUUUGUGUAAACAUGCUUGAUUGCGAGUUGUCUCCCUGCAAUUUGUAGUGCAUUUGUGAUCUUUAGAGUGGUAAAAUAUUUUUAAGCAAAAAAAAAAAAUUGUAUUGAAAAGCAAAUCGGAAAAUUAAUGUGAGAGUUAUUUUAAAAAAAUUGAAAAAAAUAUAUUCUCUAUUUAAAAAAUAAAAAAAAUCUGUCUGCUCUUGGAUUAAAAAAAUACUAAACACAUUUAAGAAGCCGAAAAACCCAAAUUAAUCAUCAAAAAAGUUACAUUGCCUUGGAGGUUUCAAUCAAAUAAAAAUUAAAAAUAAACAAAAACAAACAAACAUCAUGGCGCCUACAAUUUGUUCAGAGAAAAAGACUCAACAACGUUCUGGAAUAAAUGAUAUUCGAAAGCAAUCAACAAUUACCAGCCUUUCAACAUCACCCUCUUCAAGUUUAAAUUAUGCUCAAAAGCGUUCAAAACUAAUACGACCCUAUCCGGCAAGAGAAAAACGUCCCAUCACGGACAACUCCGUUUAUCACAUCAGCAGCAGCAGUGAUGCCAGCAAUGACACAAAUGAAUGUUUCCGCUCAAAUUCACCUUCACAGUCUGUGCCAACAAGCAUCUCAGACAAUUCAAUAUCCACAUCAUCCGAAUCUUCACUUCUCUCUCCACUAUCACUUUCAGCUUUUUCUUCAGCUUUUGUGUCCGGCGAUGAAGACUACACACCAUGUGAGGAUCGCCUGAAGCCAUUCUACCACAAUAUUGACUUGUCAUCGGUAUACACCAUAAGUAGCAGUGAUGAGGAAAAAAAUUUCGAUGACGACAUGAUCUCAAGAUCAUUUAAUGUGAUAACCUCAGAUAGUAGUCAAGACAAAGUAACAUCUACAAUUGACGAUGAUAAACACAACUUUAGAUCACUCUCGAAGUUACAAAUGCAGCAAGAAACUAAGCACACCAAAGGCCUUUUUGAAAUCGCUAUAAAAAUGAUUAAGCUGGUGCAUCGUAAUCAGUUGCUGCAGCGGAGACUCUCGCAACUGCAAACGGAAACUUCUCAGUUCAUACAGUCUGUUUUAGCCAAUCCAGAAAAUCAAGCCUUUCGAGAUAAAGUACAAGCAAAUAAUUGUUGUGAAAAAUUAAGAGACUAAAAAUCGAAAGCUAUGUAUCUAUUGCGAUAUGCGAUUGUGUCGGUGUGGUUCAUUGGCAACAUGAUGUUGAUAACAAUGUUUAUUGUAUACUCAAAUGCUUAUUAUGUGCAUUUUGUGGUAUACUUUUAGGAGUCCAAAACAAUAACACUAACGUAUGCAAGAAGUUUUACUGAUUUCUGUUCCCUACAAUUUAUUUAUUUCAUCUUUUAAUCUUUAAUUCUUUUCACAAAUUUAGUUUUUUUGACAGGAAAAAGUGAUAAAUUUAGUAUAUUCUGGUCUUUCUAUAGAUUUAUAUUAAAUUAAAGAUUUUGUUCAUCGGAAUUCGAUUGUAGGCCCUUACAAAAAAGGCCUUUUUUCUCAAUCAAUUUCUUUAAAUUUUAACUCAAUAAUGGAAAUAAUCAGUUAAAUUGUUCCUGUCAAAAAUCAUUCAAUAUUAUUAGAAAAAAGAUAAAAUAAACAUACAUACGUAAUCGUAUUAAAUAUUAUAAACUAAAUAGUUUGAGUAUUAUAUCCCACAAAAUGAUAAUUACCUUUUAUAUACUUUAAUUAAUAAAAAAAAAUAGUUACUAUUAAAAUCAUUUAAAUAACUAGUUCUUUAAAUUAUUAAAAUAUGUAUAUAACCUUCUUAAAAAAAAAACAAAUUGUGCCAGCAAAUUAAUAAUUUAGUGUGAGGCAUAUAUCAUGUGAAAAGCAAUUUCUUUUAAUUGAAAAAUAAAACAAAAAAUCCAUUUUAUCGCAAAUAGAUUAGUUUUUUUUUUAGAAUGUUUUAUUUAAUAAAUAAAAUAGAAUAUAUCUUUAAUGUAGCUCUAUAACAAUGUUUUAUAAAUUAAAAUAAGAAUUAAGAAUUUUUUUCUACUUUGUACUGAGCAAAUGCAUGUCACAAUGCUAAAUAUUUCUGUGAGAAAAAAGUAAAUGAAAA